AGUCGUUUUUCCCAAUGGGUUAUUUUUUGCUGACCGGUGCUACUGCCAGACCCUGACCUCUGUUUUUCGCGCCGUGAAGCUGCAAGACCGCAUCCGGAAUCCGUUUUCUUAAUCAGUUUAUUUAUUAUGUUCGUCGUUCAUAUUUGGUACUCGUACUAAUACCAUACUUUAGACAAGUAAAAACACAACUGGAUCUGGAGAUCAUCUCGAUCUAUUACUAUAGACUCACUCGAACACAAGCAUCAAGAUGGCCUCUUCCUCCUCCUCCUCCCCCGCCUCAAGUCAGAAGAAGAUCGCACUGGGCAUCGUCUCCGGCGGUUCAGGAUGUGCUUGCGCAGGCUUCGUCACUAACCCGUGCGACGUGGUGAAGAUACGGAACCAGCAGUACUCCCAACUCGCAAAAUACAAAACCUUUUCCCAAACAUUCAAAAGCAUUUUCGCUGAAGAAGGAAUGCGCGGGUUUCUGAAGGGGGUGAAGCCCACGGUCCUGCGAGAAGCGACGUAUUCUGGUGUCCGCAUGGGGAUCUACGAGCCGAUAAAAAAGGUCAUGGACACGAUUUUUCUCGGCAGCGGGGGUGCUGGUGGAACAGCAGCAGCAGGACCAGGAGGCCGAUCACCUCCCCCCUCCUCCUCAGUCCUGACAAAAUGGUCGUCCGCCUUCCUCGCAGGCGCAAUUGGGUCCGCGAUGUUUACUCCGCUGGAUCUGGUGAAGGUGCGGUUUCAGUCGCAACUCCCCUCCGAACCGGUCCCGUAUAACAACAGCGUUCUGACCGCUUUCCGGACCAUAGUCGCCGAGAGGAAUAACUCCAUUUUGGGUUUGUACCAGGGCGUCGUCCCCACGGUAAUAAGAGCGGCGUUCUUGACCUCGGCACAGCUCGGGACGUAUGACGUGGUGAAAAACGAUCUGCUGUUGAAAUACUACUUCGAACCCAAGGACAAAGACAGCAAAACGGUCCACUUUGCGGCGUCUUUGAUCACCUCCGUCGUCGCCUGCACCGCGAGCAAUCCCGCAGACGUGAUCAAAACCAGAGUGAUGAACGCGAAAAAGGGCGGUAUGAGCAAGGUGGCCACGGGAGUGGUUAUCAAAUGUAAAAAUGUCUGGGUCUGGAUGAUUGCAACUUGUCAUGCUAAAUCUGAAUCAUGUAAAAAUCUGUGUUGCAUGAUUACCAAAAGUUGUCCACUUUUGACCUAAUCGAGAGGCAGUUUCUCAUGCAGAAUAGGCAUGAUGGAACUCUCACAGAAUCUGUCAUGCUAUGUCCUACAUACCAAACCUCAUGGGUCAUGGAAAAUAUGCAUGACAAACUUGGCACUUUUCCAGACCCAGACAUUUUUGCAUUUGAUAGUGGUUGCUGGUGGACUACACUCUACUUCACAGUCUUCAUCUACUGUAUCGUCCGGAGCAGCGGGAGCGUCGGUAGCGUCGAACACUUCGACACUGCACCAUGUCAUAUGCAUUGCAAAAGUGAUGUCUGGGUCUGGAAGAAUGCAGGAGUUUGUCAUGCAGAUUUUGCAUGACCCAUGAGGUCUGUGAUGCAUGCCCUAGCAUCAGAGAUUUUGCGAGUGCUAUCUGAUGUUCAUACCGCAUGAGAAAUGCCCUCUCCGCGUAGCACAAAAUACACCUCUUUUGCUGUUCAUGCAAUACAGAUUUUAUGUAGAGUCCAGAGGUAGCAUCACAAGUUCCAGUCUUCCAGACCCAGACAUAUUUGCAAUCCAUAUGUCGUGCAGUUGUACAAAUCCGAGGGGUUGCUCGGCUUUCUCAAUGGGUGGAAGGCGAGUUACUGCAGACUGGGACCACACACGAUCAUUUCCUUCGUGCUCAUUGAGAAAAUUAGGUUGGCGAUGGGGCUGAAUACCGUGUGAUGGUGUUGGUUUUGGGAUGGUGGCGGUGCGUUUGGUGUGGAAGGAGUGGCGCUUUUGUUGAUCCAGUGUCAUGAUCUCGCCAGAUUGAGAUCCAACAGCAGAGCUUCAAUGUGACAAACUUGUACACUCCACCCAACAGCGACAGCAUCUUUUGACAGGAGGAACUAUGGCUACAACUUUCUUACACUCGAAGCAAUGCAAGUACAAAGACAUCAAACUAUACAACUGUUAGACAGUAGUUUUUACACGUUCGACGUCACGCACCAAGCCCGUGCGCAGUUGUAUUUUAUCCCGG